AUGGACGGCCUCUCAGUAGCCGCAUCCUGCAUCGCUAUGAUCCAAGCUGCGGAUCAGACCUACAAGAUCAUAUCGCAGUUUCUGAAGGAUCUGGUGCUUAAUGGCUGUAACUUUGUGGAUAGGGAUUUGACAAAUAUCACUAAGAGAGACAUCCACGAGAUUGUCUCAAGCUGCUUGGCAGUGGCUAGCGACAUUGAUGAUGUUCUCUCAGGCCACCAAGGAAAGCUGGUGUCACUGAGUUGGGCCACUAGAGGCAAACGAAAAGUCGCGACGUCCAAAGUGCUUCUAGAAACAAAUCGUCGGGCACUCAGUCUGGCUGUCGAUAACAUCACGCUAGCUACCGCCCAGAAUAUUAAGCAGGAUACAGCCAAUAUUCUGGGUGACACUACGCACAUGAGAGGUGAUAUUCACGACUUGGUUUCAAGGAUUAGGAACCUCGAAGUGAUGGUGGCAGACAAAGAUCCUGACGAUCCACGUAAAUAUGUACUGAUGCGCUAUCUCAACGAUUUAUCCUCCGUUGCUAAAUCUUUCUCCUCCAUAACCAUUGAGAUACAGAAGCUGACAAGAAUCAAAAGUUUGUUAGAAGAUAUUGCUUCUCUUGAUACUUCGAGAAAGACAUCUCCAGAUGCGAACACCAAUAAGAACGAACCUAAAUUCUCUGCCCUUCCCAAGCCGGGCAGCAUCUCGGAAGCAAUAACGGAUCAAAAACUUCCCAUUGAGCCUACAGAUAGCUUGAAAAAGAGCCAGAUCGAGAUCCUUACAACAGACGCCUCGCUUCUCCUUGCAAGGAUAAAAACAACUACAGGAGAGCCUGGUAGACUCCUGUUACCGGUAUAUCAUGAGCAAGAUGAGAUAGCCAUCGCUGGUCUUGUUCCUGGAAGCAGCACCAGGGUUUUGGCCAUAAGGUUCCCUAGUAAUGCUCAUCCCGAGGACGUUAUAAUCACUGGGCAGGAGCUGUCAUGCUCUGGUUCUGAUGCUCAGAAGCUCCCUCAUCGUCUACGAGAGAAACAAGCAUAUACUUACAGAAGAGUUUGUUCCGAUGGAAAAGGUAUAAUCUCUGAAGACAGAUGGCUCAUACAGACCAAGGCUAUAGAUGCUUAUGGGGAGUUCAUAAGACAGAUAUACUCUAUGCGUGCGAUUCAACUGGUUCCGGAGUGGCCACAGCAAUUGAAUGUAUUUUUACCAAACUUCGAUCAGUGGCUACGUAUGCGAAAAGGCAAAGGCGAAGACAAUAGGAAAUCUCGCAUAUACUUUGAGACAUUUGAGCUUGAAUAG